AUGCAGUACGUUCGUGAGUACCAGUACUGGUUCGUGACCAAGAAGGAGGACCGCCUGGUGGCGUUCGGGAAGGUCCAGGUAUCCCCAGAUGUCAGCAGUCGCGCCGCCGCCGUCGUCGAGGUGUCGAUACUCUCGCAGGUAGUGCUGCUGGUCCGGAUGCCCCUUCAGCAACAGCUGCGCCAGGCGGUGCGUCGCCCAUCCCAUGAAGUGGACUUCGGAGGCGAGGCUCCACUCGGCGUUGAUUCCCUGCUCUCGGUGGGCGGCCGCGGGCUCCCUGCCGGGGGGCCCUCGGGCAGGGCGCUGCCAGAGGGCAGGAGCGGCCUGCAGUCCACACGGAACCACCUGCAGUGGCUUAUGAGGAGUGGGGCUGGGACGGAAGCGGCGAGCGACGCCCGCGAGCGGAUGGCGGCACGGUGCGCCGUCCUCGCGACGCUGGCCGCGGUGGCAGGCCCGACGGGGUGCUUGGCUGCAGGUCGGCCACAGUGCGCUGCGUCUGCCUCCGGCGUGCAUUUCCAGAGCUCGAGCGAUUCGGUGUACACCGGCCUGCAGGCGAGGGUGCACUUCAGCAAGUGGGGCGACGGUUGCUUCGGCAGGCGGGGCAACGUCAGGGGCCAGGACCUCUCCCCGGCGGGCGAGCUGAUCUCCCAACAGCUCUCCGCCACGGGCUCCCGCGCGGACCAGAGGAGUGAGGACUGGUGCGCGGCCUUCUUCGGAAUCCGAAAGGACCCCUUCCUGGAGGGAGUCUUCUCCAGCAUUAAGAACCUGAGCGACGGCGCAGUGGAGCUCGUGUUCGCGGAGAGCGCACGCAACAAGACGAUCUUGAAGGUGCGCGCGCCGAGGCGAUGCUGCCUUGAGCUUCAGGGGCGUGAGGGCCCUGGUGCAGCGGACGGCAUACCGAGCCAACGGUCUGGCUGGAGAGUCGGAACUGCGGGUCGAGUUCGAGAGCUGGAAGGAUUGGACAAGCCGUGCUUUCAAGACUGCGCCUCCCUGGUCAAUGCGAGCGGGGCAGUGUUGAUUCUGAUGGUGUAUCGCGAUAGGGCGCUGUCUGAGGAUAGCUCGUCGUUGGCCGCGUUCUUGGACGGCGUCGCGAGGUCAGACUUGACGCAGGUGCACAAGGCCGGGUUCGAUGCCAGCAGUACAGACCAGGGCGACCAUAUGGCCGCUUAUUUCCCAACAGACCCAUUGGGUGCAUCAGGGUGCCACGACAUAGUGCACAUUGUUCAGCUGAAGCCGGUGCCAUCCGCAAGCAUACCGGCUGAGUUCUGCGGGUCGUUGGCGCAGACGUUGUCCGAUAUUCCACCGCCCAAGAUCGAGCAGAUUCUGUUGUCUACGAGGAUACAGAGUUUCCCUCAGGUCGGGCAUUAUUCGUUGCAGGAGAUCAGGAGCCGCUGGUAUUUAUUCUUCACGAUCCUCGCGCUGGUGAACAUAGGGUUACUUCAGUUAUUUUUUCUUCUAGAAUGGAGGAAGCGUCGUCUCGCGUUACGGCACGAGCAGUAUUCCACUUCUGGUCGGCAGACUCUCAAGGUUUAG